AUGUUCGGAAAAGGACACAAGCACAAGAGGAGCAUCACAGCAGGCAGGGAUUCUCUCCAGGGAUUCCAGUCACCCAUGACGCCGGCGAACCUGGGCUUCGGCUGUCGUCUCUUUGGCGACUCUAGAGGUGAGCUAGUGAGCUAUCGUUUCACCCUUCUUGUGACGGAUGGCUGA